AUGCAUCUCCCCCUCCCCUCCCUCACCCUCUCCCUCACCCUCCUCAUCCUGACCCCACCCUCCCUCCCCCUCACCCUCCCACCCCCUCCCACCCUCACCAACACGACCCUAACCGGAGCCCCCAUAAUCGGCCAGCCCGUCUGCCGGCGCCAGCCGGGCGGCUUCACCCUCGUCGUCUGCGCGCGCCUGCUCACGGGCCUCCGGACCCUGCCCGACUACAGGAAGCGAGAGAUCUGGUCCGAAUACGCGACGGGCGCGCACCGGCUGCCCGUGGUGUUCGUCCAGACGGACGCCGCGACGGGGCGGACGUGCCACCUGAGCAUGGACCUGUACGGGCCGGGCGUGCCGGCCACGGCGUCGGAGACGUUCUCGCUCGAGGGGGCGCAGGGGGAUCUGAACGGGAUCUACUUUGGUUGCUUGAAGAAGUACGGCACGGCCGGGUUCGCGAGGAUCGGGCUGCACGGGAACGUUGCGGCGUUGUUGGGGCCGCCGUUGGGGGAGGGAUCGGAGGAGGGAGGGUUGGCGGCGUUAAGGAAUGGGACGAGGGGUGCGAGGGUGAUGGAUAUGACGGAGGUUGGUGAGAGCUAG